GUGUCAGGGGCUGCCUUGGGCCUGUGACCCCAGCCCUUUGAGGGGGCGUCUGGACCUGCUAGGAUGGAAUGAACAAGGCCCUGCAUGGCUCCUCCUUUCUCCCAUGAGCUUUGUUCCCGGUGGCUAUGACUCUGGCCCUCAGUUGGCAUCGACCUCCCCUCCUGCUCUCCCGGAGGCAGGUGCCAGCUCCAGGUGGGAGCCAUGGCCAGGGUGGGCAGCCUAACCUCACAGCCAGGCCUUGCCUUUCAGAUCCGAACUAAAUGGAUCCCUCUGGUGAAUGGGGGGACAGAGAGAGGGCCCAGGGUGCCCAUCAUCCUGGUGGGGAACAAGUCGGACCUGCGGCCAGGGAGCUCCAUGGACACCGUGCUGCCCAUCAUGAGCCAGUUUCCCGAGAUCGAGACCUGCGUGGAGUGUUCGGCCAAGAACCUGAGGAACAUCUCAGAGCUGUUCUACUAUGCCCAGAAGGCUGUCCUGCACCCCACAGCCCCCCUCUACGACCCCGAGGCCAAGCAGUUGAGGCCCGCGUGCGCCCAGGCCCUCACGCGCAUCUUCAGGCUCUCGGACCAGGACCUGGACCAGGCGCUCAGCGAUGAGGAGCUCAGUGCUUUUCAGAAUUCCUGCUUUGGGCACCCCCUGGCCCCACAGGCCCUGGAGGACGUGAAGAUGGUGGUGUGCAAGAAUGUGGCAGGUGGUGUGCGGGAUGACCGGCUGACCCUGGACGGCUUCCUCUUCCUGAACAUGCUUUUCAUCCAGCAUGGCCGACAUGAGACCACGUGGACCAUUCUGCGGCGCUUCGGCUACGGCGACUCACUUGAGCUGAAUUCCGACUACCUCUUCCCACCGCUCCACGUGCCUCCUGGCUGCAGCACCGAGCUCAAUCAUCUCGGCUACCAGUUUGUACAGAGCGUGUUUGAAAAGCAUGACCAGGACCACGACGGUGCCCUCUCGCCUGAAGAGCUGCAGAGUUUCUUCAGUGUGUUCCCAGCAGCCCCCUGGGGCCCUGAGCUCUCGCACACGGUUCGCAUGGAGGCGGGCCAGCUGCCCCUGCAUGGGUACCUCUGCCAGUGGACCCUGGUGACCUACCUGGACGUCCAGCGCUGCCUGGGGCACCUUGGCUACCUGGGCUACCCCACUCUCUGUGAGCAGGACUCCCAGGCCCAGGCCGUCACAGUCACCCGUGAGAAGAGGCUGGACCAGGAGAAGGGGCAGACGCAGCGGAGUGUCCUCAUGUGCAAGGUGGUGGGGGCCCGAGGAGUGGGCAAGUCUUCCUUCCUGCAGGCCUUCCUCGGCCGCAGCCUAGGGCACCAGGACACCAGAAAGUCCCCUGAGGACCCUCCUGCAUAUGCCAUUAACACAGUGCAAGUCAACGGGCAGGAGAAGUACCUGAUCCUGUGUGAGGUGGGUGCAGACUGCUUGCCAGACACCGCCUGUGACGUCGCCUGCUUGAUGUAUGACAGUAGUGACCUCAAGUCCUUUGUGCACUGUGCCAGCAUCUACAAGAGCCACUACAUGGAUGGACAGACGCCCUGCCUCUUCGUUGCGUCUAAGGCCGACCUGCCUGAAGACAUGGUGCCACCAGGCCUGUCACCAGCCGAGUUCUGCCGCAGGCACCGGCUGGCUGCCCCCAUGCCAUUCUCCUGUGCCGGCCCAGCUGAGCCCAGCAUGGCUAUCUUCACCCGGCUCGCCACCAUGGCCACCUUCCCACACCUGGUCCAUGCAGAGCUGCAGCCCACCUCCUGGUUCCGGGGGUUGCUGGGGGUCAUCGGGGCCGCCAUGGCUGCAAUCCUCAGCUUCGCACUCUACAGGGUCUUGGUGAAGAGCCGAUGAGGCUCUGGGGUUCCUGAGCCCCCUUCCCUGACCUGGACCCGGCUCUCAGCCCAGUGGUCUGACCUCAGGGCCCCCAAGGCACUGGUGCCGCGGCCACUGCUCAGGGGGUCCCUUCUGUCUGAACCAUUGCUCCUGAAGACAGUCUGCCAUGGCAGAGCCCUGGGUGCUGCCGCCACCCUGCCUCCUGCCCAGGCCCAAGUGUGGGCAGUGGCAGACGUGCUGAGUGGAAGGCCCCCGUGGACCAGCCACAGCUGUUGGGCAUUGCUCACCUUUGUGGAUAUCGUGUGUUGGGGGUCUGGGGGCAUGGGCGAGGAAAUGACCCCAGACCCCAGAAUUCUCAGGGCUUCACCCCUUCUUCCUGGCCCUGGGCAGCCAGUGGGUAUGAAGGGGGCCAGGAGACAGAACUUUGGGCCAAAGGUGGGGGUCAGGGCAGGAAGUGGCUGGGACUGUCGUGCAGCUCUCCCACCCUUCCAUCCAGUUUGGAGUCUUUUCCCUGGCCGCUGCUGCAGAAGACAUGAGAUUGGGUUUCCUGAUUAAACACCACUUGUAUCAUUUCUAUCUCUCAGAUCCCUAUCUGAAGACAGCUGUUUUUAAUCAAA